CAAGACAAAAACACUAAAAUUAUGGCACCCCUCAUCAAAGUGGCUGCGCUUUCUGGUUCCCUCCGAAAAGCUUCAUACCACUCAGGCCUUAUACGUGCUGCAAUUGAGCUGAGCAAGGGAGCAAUUGAAGGCAUUGAAAUUAAUUUCAUUGACAUUUCGGACCUGCCCAUGUUGAACACUGAUCUUGAGAACCAGGGAACACCUUACCCACCUCGAGUUGAAGCUUUUCGUCAAGAGAUUCUUCAAGCUGAUAGUGUUCUCUUCGCUUCUCCAGAGUAUAAUUACUCUGUCACCGCACCACUAAAGAAUGCAAUUGACUGGGCAUCAAGACCGCCAAAUGUUUGGGCUGGCAAAGCUGCUGCAAUUGUAAGCGCCGGAGGAAACUUUGGUGGUGGAAGGUCACAGUAUCAUCUUCGCCAAAUCGGAGUGUAUAUUGAUCUUCAUUUCAUCAAUAAACCUGAGUUCUUCCUGUUUGCAUUCCAGCCCCCUCCUAAGUUUAACAGUGAUGGGGACUUAAUUGAUGAAGAAUCCAAGAACAAGUUAAAGCAAGUUCUUCUAUCCUUGCAGGCAUUUACCCUGCGACUUCAAGGCAUAAGCAGUGCCUGAAACUUUAAUUCCCAGAAAUUUUUGAAAUAAGGUGUGGAUUCUAGAAAUACCAAUUUGAUUCCGAAUGUGCAUGACAGCAUUGCAUGUUUUCAACAAUUGUAUGAAGCUUGAAAAUUUAUUAGUUCUCUAAUUAUAUUUGGAAUAAUGAUUUAUAUUGCUCUCAUCAUGUUUGGUUUUCUGUUUUACUAGC